AUGACUUCUCCCUAUGUUCUGUCCGGCGAUGAGAGCAACGCUAGCUCAGCCCUGCCUGAGAUCCGUCAAGAUCCGAACGCCAGUAGCCUGCCAUCUGGGGAAUACGGCACUGAUUCAACUAUCUCCGAAUGGCCUUCGAAGCUCCACUGCAGGGUACCAGUGAUACUGUCACAAACUCUGGACCUUGACAGUCAGGUCCAAGGAGCCAGACGCGAGAAGUCGGCCGUCUGGUGA